AAUUAUUCACUCCAUUAAAAAACAAACAAGCAUAAUCCUCAAAUCACUCAUAAAAGGAAAAAAGCAUUUGUUCACGAGGGAAUUGAAAAAUCACCCCCCAAAAAAAAAAAGAAUCCAUCCAAACGAUACCUACAAACCAAAACAAAUUAUUGAGACACAUAUUUAACGACGCGUGCUUUCCUAUCUCAGUUCUUCACCAUUUUCAUUUUCUUUUUCAUUUUCUUUUCUUUUCUUUUUUCUUUUUUCCUUCUCCUCCCAUUUCUCUUUGCUUUUUAUUAACCUCCGCACAUGCGUCCCUCUUCUCAUCUGCUCGUCUCUCUCUUCAUUUUCUCUCUCUAACUAAGGAGGAAAAGAAUAACUCCAACUAACUCCUUAUUCUCUCUCUCCUCUUUAUACCUUUAAAGUGGUUGUUCAGCUUUCGUGAUUUUGUUCUUGGAUUAAGGUUUUGAUCAUAGAUUUCGAAAAAGCUGAAUUAAGCGUCAGAAAACUUUUUAUUUACAGCAAUCUCAUCGGCCGACGCUUUUGAUCGAAAGAGGGAAAAGCGAAAAAUGGAAUCAUUACCAUCAGUGGUAGCAAAUCCAGUUGCGAGUAACCGAGCAAGAGAUUUACGACGUCGGAAAAAGAAGAUGAAAACACAUCAACAAUCAUCGAUGCAAUCACUUCCUUCUUCAUUGAACCCUAACAAUAAUAAAAAAUUCUCCUGGAAAUCCGAAACAACUGAACAAAUCUACUCUUCAAAACUCCUUCAAGCUCUCAAUCAAGUUCGUCUCUCUCCUUCCACGUCAUCACCUCCAUCCUCUUCAACUCCACGUCCAAGCCGAGUCGUCAGAGAAGCCGCUGAUCGAGCCUUAGCAGUGGCGGCGCGUGGUAGAACACGCUGGAGCCGAGCUAUACUAAUGAGCCGAUUUCGACUCAAAUGUUUGGACAAAAAACUUCAUAAACGACAUCGUAUUACUCCAACCGGAAUUAACCGCUCACCGCCACAAAGAAAGCCGAUAUUGAAGCUUAAAGGGAAAGGGAAUAGUUUACCAGCUGUUCAAAGGAAGGUGAAGACUCUUGGUAGGUUAGUUCCGGGUUGCCGAAAGGAACCUCUUCCUGUUAUUCUAGAAGAAGCGAUGGAUUAUAUACCGGCACUUGAGUUGCAGAUUCGUACAAUGAGAAACAUAUUGUCGCUUUUUAGUAAUGCUGUUGGAGAUAAUAAUGGUGAAGGGUCUAGUGUUGGGACCGCUGAUGCGCCGGAAAAUGGUUUGAUUUAGUUUUUAUAAUUGUUAAUUGUUAUUAUUAUUAUGAUGAUUAUUAUUUUUAUUGUUCUUAUUUUAUGUGAAAAAAAAAUUUGAUUGAUUUGUGUAGAGUAGUGAAAAAUGAAAAUGCCUUUUAUUUUCUAAAGGAAAACAAAAAAGAGUUUAUACCACCAUGGUUGAUGUGAAAA